CACCAUUAAACCUCAGAGGAAGAAGAGUAGUUUCACCGUGCUCUGUUUUGUUUGUCACGCUGUUUCUAUACAGUGUGUUUACAAAUGCAGUUUUUGAAUCAGGUCAGCAGUAAAUACCUGUAAUAUUCUUAUCAUCACAGUCGUGAAUAAGUUUUAAAUCAAGCAGUAAUAUCUGAAGGAGUAUAUAAUCUGAACUGAGAUCUGCUGCUGUGAAGAUGGAGUUUGUGAAAGAGGAGAGAGAAGAGAACACGAGUGAACCAGAAACCAGAAUAAAACAAGAGGAACCAGAAACAUGGAAAAUGGAACACGAAGAACCAGAAACAUGGAAAAUAGAACACGAAGAACCAGAAACAUGGAAAAUAGAACACGAGGAACCAGAAACAUGGAAAAUAGAACACGAGGAACCAGAAACAUGGAAAAUAGAACACGAGGAACAAGAAACAUGGAAAAUAGAACACGAGGAACAAGAAACCCAGAGAAUAGCACACGAGGAACAAGAAACCCAGAGAAUAGCACACAAGGAAUCAGAAACCUGCAGAAUAAAACUGGAUCAAGGAGGUGCAAAGCCAGGAACAGAACAAACAAACAAGGCUAGAGGACCGAAAACAAAGAUGCCUACUCUAAAGGAUUGCUACUCAUGCAGGAGAAAAAUCGGAGUAGCCAGCAAAACAUGUUCACACUGUAGGGCCAAACAACCAUAUAAGCAAAUGCUUGAGAAAAGAAAGAAACAGCUUACCCAGGAAUGGAAAGACAGACAAAAAAAAAACAGCAGUGUGAACAAAGUUUACGAUGCAACAAAUCUAUUACUCCACAAGUGGGAACUUUUAGAGAGGUUCCCAGUCCUCCUCCUUGCCAGGAGAACCUCAAAUGGUUUUUCUGCUGAAUGCUUCUGUCCAUGGAAGACGGAGACAGAAGAUACUCAGGACACUUUUCUUACAAUAAAGCGAUCGUAUGAAAGUCUUCUCAAUGAGUCUAACACAGAUAAAGACGUGAGGAUGGAAGAGAGUUCAGACUCACACAGCACAGAGACACAGACUCCACCAGCAGACUCCACACAUCAGCUCACCUGUAAUGGACUGCAAGUGGAAGAAAACCGCAAAGUCAAAAAACAAGCAAAAGUGGAGAAGCGUCGCCGAACAAAAGAAGUGUUUUGGCAAAAUUAAACCAACUCUCAUCAGCAUAAGAGACAGACUCACUCUCAGGUAAUAAUUAAAAGGAAAGCUUUUAUUCUUUACAAAGAAGGUCAGACAGUCAUACAGCAACACCGAGUGAAACCGACCCAGGAAGAGGGCAAUUUUUCCACCACAGAAGAAACCUGGAGUACGAGCUGAAUAUGAGUUUCACAUUGAGAACUGUAAUAAAGCUGAUGCGAAAACUGGAAACUUUGAAUAAGAGAAUAAUGAGAUGGCUGAAUAUAAUAGGAUUAAUCUUGAGCUGCAGACAUUGACAGAUUACUUCACUAAAGCUCCAGCUCUAAAAUGAUAGGAGUUUCAGAUGUAUGUUUUCCUCAUGUCUGUAAGUGUUCGUUCAUCUUUGAGGUUUAAGUUGCUAUGUGCUUUAUUUAGAUGGUGGAGAGGCAUCUUCCAAUAAACUAGUGAGAUGGAUCCUCUACCUAGCUGUGCUAAUUUGACUGUAUCUGCAUACAAGUGUGACAUCUGUGGACUGUGGUUUAGUUGUUGCCUUUAAUUUCAAAUGGUUACACUUUAUCUUUUCAUUUAAGGCCAGUUCCAUGUAGUUUCAACCCAAUUAAAAAACAAAAGCUAAAGGCUGAUAUCUGUACCAUCUGUGUUUGUACUGAAUGUUGGCUUCUUACUGUGCAGUUACUGCUGUUAAUUUCAGAUGGUUAUGGUUAUUGUUUGCAACAGCCAAAAGCCAGUUUGGCCUAUUAAAUACCAAAUAAAUAUCUUGUUUAUGCACA